AUGGCCCUGAAGAGUAGAACGAUGAUCUAGAAGGAAUUUUAGCUUAAGUUAAAUGUGUGGAUGAAAAAAUAUACUGAUAGAUAAUUGAAAUGUCAGGAAAAGAAAUUUUCUAGAGAUGAGAUUUGUUUCAGACAAUAAAAAUUAAAGUCAUUUAGAAGAGUACAUUUAAUAAGGAGAGAAUUUUUCACAAGAAGAAAACUAAUAGAGAUUUUGUGUGUUAGAGAUAAUACCAACAUGUUAUAAAGGUCAUUCUAACAAUUAAAGAUCAUUACUUUAAUAAAUAAGACUAUUCUGAUGAAGGAUUUUUGGAACAGAAACAUGAUCUAAUAAAAAGAAUAUAAGAUUGAAAGGAGACAAUUAAAUUUCUAAAAUUCUUAGUUCACCUUACAGCCGAAGAUGACAAUGUAAUAUAAUUUGGAUCAAACUCAUAAUAUGUAUUAAUUAUGA